AUGGAAUCUGAAACUCUAUCUUCAAAGUUACGGUUCUGUGCAGAGAGGUUACAAGAGUGGAAUCAGAAGGUUGUGGGUCAUAUUCCAAGGAAGAUUGCAGCGUUGAAAGCUGAGUUGCAGCGCUAUCCAAUUGAUGUGUCCUCUGAUGCAGAGAAAAGUCAACGUAGGGCUAUAAGAUAUGAGCUGGAAAAAUAUGCCGAAUAUGAGGAGUCUCUUUGGAAGCAGAAAUCCCGUGUUCAAUGGUUGCAAGAGGGAGACAAGAACACGAAGUUCUUCCAUGCUAUGGCCAAGGGACGUGGUCAACAGAAUAAAAUCCAAGGUGUAUUUGAUGAAGAUGGAGUUUGGUGUGAAGACCUGGAAACAAUUCAAAAUGCUUUUGUUUCUUAUUUCUCUAAUUUGUAUACAGCAGAAGGGUGUAAUAAUGUGAGUUUGGUGCUAGAUACCAUUCCGAAGAAAGUUACAGAUGAAGUGAAUGGCAAGCUGUUACAGAAAUUUGAGAGAUGGGAAAUAGAGGUGGCCUUGAAACACAUGGGUGCAACAAAGUCUCCAGGACUGGAUGGUAUGUCGGUGUUAUUCUUUAAAUCUUACUGGGAGGUAGUGGGAGAUGUUGUUUGUGAUUUCUGUUUGGGUGUAUUAAAUGACGGGAAGGACUUGGCUGAUUUUAAUCAUACUCUCAUAUCACUUAUUCCAAAAAUUUCGUCUCCGAAGCAGGUGACAGAGUUUCGACCUAUAAGCCUUUGUUCCACAGUGUAUAAGUUAAUUUCUAAAACCAUUGCAAAUAGAUUGAAGAAGCAUCUGCCAGAUAUCAUCUCUAGUACUCAAAGUGCUUUUGUUCCCGGUCGAAACAUCCAGGACAAUGUCAUUGCAGCCUUUGAAACUGUCCAUAGCAUUCGUGUUCAGAAGACAACUACAGAGCCAAAGAUGGUGCUUAAAUUAGAUAUUAGCAAAGCAUAUGAUCGGGUAGAGUGGAUUUUUCUUGAAGAGGUAAUGAAGAAGUUGGGGUUUGCGGAUCAGUGGGUGAGUUUAAUAAUGAAGUGUGUUCAGUCGGUAUCUUUUUCUAUCCUAUGGAAAGGUCAACCGGUUGGACACUUUAACCCCACAAGAGGCAUUCGGCAAGGUGAUCCUCUUUCUCCAUAUCUUUUUCUUCUUGUAUCUGAAGGUUUAUCAGGUCUUCUUCAUCAAGCAGACGAGAGGGGUUGGAUUCACGGGGUGAAAGUGACUCCUUCUGCACCAUCCAUUUCUCAUCUCUUGUUUGCAGAUGACAGUUUAUUAUUUGUGAAUGCAACCACCCAGGAUUGUGUUUCCUUGAAGCAGUGCUUGUUACUUUAUGAGAGUGCUGCAGGGCAGCGUAUCAACUUUCAAAAAUCGACACUGUCUUUUGGUCCUAAUGUUUAUGAUCAGGGUUGGCAAGGGAAGUUCCUCUCAAAAGCGGGUAAGCUUGUUUUAAUUAAAGCAGUGGCUCAAGCUAUUCCCACUUAUUCUAUGAGUGUGUUCCAAUUGCCAGUUGGUGUGUGCAAGAAAUUUCAAUCGAAAGUUAGUCAAUUUUGGUGGGGUAAAAGUGGUGGAGCUAGAGGAAUUCAUUGGUGUAGUUGGGAGAGGUUGUGUAACAAGAAGGAGGAUGGUGGGUUAGGCUUCCGGGACCUAAGGGCUUUUAAUCAAUCCAUGCUUGCUAAGACAGUUUGGCGAAUCUUCUGGGGUAGACCUUCUUUGGUUAGUACGCUUCUGCAAGCAAAAUAUUUUCCAAAUACGAGUUUUCUGAAUGCUUCCUUAGGGACAACGCCUUCGGCAGUUUGGAGAGGAUUAUUAUGGGGGAAACAAGUUCUUGAUCAUGGAACGAGAUGGCGAAUUGGAAAUGGGAAAAGUGUUAGUAUUAAAGGCGAUCGUUGGCUACCCUCCCCAACAGGUUUUAAAGUCGUAUCUCCUCUUAAUAUUUCGGUGGAUUUAAAGGUGGAAAACAAGUUGGUAUGGCACUUUACAACAAAUGGCAGCUUUAGUGUAAAGACAGGGUACUGGGUGGCCCGGGGUUUGCAAGCUAAGAAUGGUAAUAGUGUGGCUGGGAGCAGUUCUUCUACUCUUCCAGAUAUAUGGAAAAAGGUUUGGAGCCUAUUUGUCCCACACAAGAUUAAAUUAUUGCUUUGGAGGGCCAUUCAAAAUUUUUUGCCAUGUGGUCAUAAUCUACAAAAAAGAAGAAUUACACCAGAUGCAAGUUGUUGGCAAUGCGGUGCUCCUUGUGAAACUCCUAUUCAUGUUUUUUGGGAUUGUCCUAUGGCUAGAAGAGUGUGGAAUCUGACCUUCUUGAGUGAAGUUUGUAAUACGUGGAAGGAGCCCUCCUUCUUGGAUUUAAUUUCACAUGUGCAAAAGGUUGCUGUAAGAAGUGACAUGGAGUUCUUUGGAUUAAUGGUGUGGUGGCUUUGGAGAAAUAGAAAUCUGCAUAGGCAUGGAGAAAAGACUUUGAGAUCAGAGGAUUUGGUGCUAGCUGAUGGGGAGUGGCAGAUGCAGUAUUGCAAUGCCAAUAUCAAGAAUUCGGAUCAUGUUUUGCCUAAUUCGGUGGUACAGAGGGAGACUGCGAGUUGGGAACCUCCAGGUAUGGGAUGUCUCAAAUUAAAUUUUGACGGCGCUACCAAUGUCAGAAAUGGUGUAAGUGGAAUUGGAGCUGUUUUCCGGGAUCAUUUGGGCAAGCUUAAAGGUGCCUUGGCAGUUCCUCAGGUCGGUAACCUUCCCCCAAGAGCAGUGGAGUCUUUAGCGAUGCUUCAUGGUCUAAGGUUUGCUUUGCAUGUUGGGUUUAAUAAAUUGGAAGUGGAGGGAGAUGCUUUAACAGUUUUCAAUGCUUUAAAUAUUAGUAGUGAUGACCUAAGUUUGGAAGGUCAUAUUUUAGAUGAAGUUAGACAGUUACUUAAGUCUUUUGUUAGUUGUAGUUGGCGGUUUGUAAGGCGAGAUUGUAACAAGGUUGCACAUCGCCUUGCAAAAGAAGCCUUGAAGUUGAGUCACCCUUUAUUAUGUUUGGAGUCGGGGCCUAGUUGGCUCUACCAGUGUGUCAGUAUGGACUUCGAGUGUGAAAUCUAA